AACCAGGAAAGAGCUGUUCCUGUUACCCCAACAAGGUUUUCUAGUCUAUCUAGUAAGAUGCGUGGUCUAUUGUGUCAAAUCCCACACUAAGAUCGAGGAGGAGCAGCAAAGACACAUUUCUUUUGUCAGAGAAUAAUAGAUCAUUUACCUUUUUUACUAGUGCUGUUUCUGUACUGUGAUGUGGCCUAAAACCAGACUGAAAUUUUUCAUGUAGAUGAUUCCUAUACAGACAGGAACUUAACUGUUUUGCUACCACUUUUUCCAGGACCUAGGAUAUAGAGGGGAGAUUCGAGACAGGUCUAUAGUUUGAUAGUUCACAGGGAUCGAGGUUCACUGUCGUAAUCAGCAAGUUUAAAAGUUUUUGGGAUGUAUCCAAGGCUAAGAGAGGAGUUUAUUAUUAACAGAAUAGGCUUGGUUAUUUCUGGUUAAAUUCCCUUAUGUAAACCUGUAGGAAUCGGAUCCAAAAUACAAGUAGAAGAUUUUGCGGGAGAAACAAUUUUAAGUCGUUCAUUUUCUUGAAGUGAGGUAAACAAUUCCAGCCUCUAAGCAGUGAUUCUUUUAUUCUCAGGAUCUAGACUGGCGUUAUAAGGCAGCAGCCUCAUCUUUUGGUCUUUACCUGGCCCUUUCUUUCGGUGUCAUUACAUAUAAAAACGAAACUGCACUGAACAUCUGUAAGAAGCGCAGUCCACACAGCUCUACAGGAAAACACAGAACCCCCCUGACUUUAAACACAAUGGCUAACAGCAAAGAGGUUGUGCCAGCCACCUCUGUAUGGAGCUCAGGGUUCAUUGAGGAGCUCCUCCCAUCGUCUCAGCAGGUCUCCCUGCUGUACCACAUCUCCUACCUGUGUCUGGCGAAAUUCCCCAAAUUGGAGAGGCUGCUCCGGAUGCGAGCCCUGGAGACCCAACUUCUCUUCGGAUCCUCUGAAGCUGUCAUGCUGAAGUGUGUGGGCACCAGUCAGAACUUGGUUUCGUCACUGUUUCCAAUGCUGGUUCACGCUGUUGAGAAAAAUAAACCAGCACUGGCUAUAAAGUACCUGGAGAAAGCAAGAACGUGGAUCAUGGAAAUUAUCCAUGAUGUGGAAAAGAUGGUGGACAGGUACGACACACACAACAAAGAUGUGGCUACGACUACCAGUGACGUCAUCACCGAAAAAAAAGAGACAGAGAAACAGCUGAGUCAGCUUUCCAAUGAGAUUGAAGUGAUGACAGAGGAGAUUAGAAAGCUUGAAAAGGAGCUGAAUAAAACCACUGCACAGCUCAUAGAAACAGAGCAGAAGAUUGAUGCCAAACACGGUGAGGUACAGGAUGUUGUAAGAGAUGCAGCUGCUAAAAGCAGUGGCCUCAGCAUCUUCGCCUCCAUUGUGCCAGUAAUUGGUCCGAUUGUUAAGUCCAUUUACGAGGCAGUAACCUCUCCUGGAGUGGCUGCAAAAGCCAAGGCUCUUGAAGCAGAACUGAAUCGACUCACUGCUGAAAAGAUUUCACUGAAACAAAAAGAGUGGAACCUGCAGGUCCAGACAAUCGACUUGCGGAUGAAGCUGGCCAAAGUACAGAUCGACAAAGGUACCAUCCCUGAACCAACCCACCUUGGAAAAGUCCAGUAUUUUCUGAGUAAAAUCCAGAAGAUUCUUGUUCAGCUUCAGGGCUUUUGGGAAAAGGUCAACAUGUUGCUGGGCACCAUCAAAGACAAGACCUUUCUUGAUGAAGAGCUCAUUGAAGAACCCGAGUUUAAGGAGGAAUUUGUGAAGUCUAUCCAGGCAGCCUCAAAGGUUUGGGAAGGGUUUGGUCUCUCCUGUGGGAAAGCUGUUCAGAUAUUCAGAGUGCAGUCCAAGGACGCCUACAGUUUCCUGGAGAUCGACCCGUCCUCCCUUUCCGACGACGUGUGGCAGAAGGAAUACGACAGCGUGAAAGAGAAGCUGCAGGAGCUGAAGAUCACUGUUGACCCGCCAUCAACACCAGCCAUCCAAAACUGAUGAUGUCAUUUCUUUGGUGCAUUUAUUUCCGAGGCUAUCAGAUGAGCUCGUCAGUUGGGAUUAGUAGUCGGCUCACUGUAAAACUUGCUAUAUAAAAGCACAAAGGAAUCUAAUCACUGCUUUGACUCACUUCUAUAUGCACCUUCUGAGCACGCUCAGCUUUUAUUGUUUGGGCGGCUUGAUUCUGCAUUUCUUUAACCCCAUUAACGUCAACUGUGUUAAAUCUUGAGUGUUUAUCUGUUCUAAUGAGGACCCACUGAGAGAGACUGUGUCCCGUCGACACUCUCCAGUGUUUAUUAUCGAUAUAUUGAUUCUCUGUGGUUAAAUAUGUAUCCAUUGAUUAGCUAUAUUAUCUAAUGGCAUAACCAUCUAUAAUCUGGUGUGACUUUUAAACUUAGAUGUGCCACGACCAAGUAUGCAGCCCAGUGUUAAACGGGACAAAACCACCACCUGGUAUUUAACAUGCCAAGAAUGGUUUUUAACCCCUUCCCAAAGAACAGCCUGGGAGCUUUGUGUUAAAUCACGAUCAAUGGUUGUGCUAAAAGAAGGGCGCAUGCUCUCUUUGACCAAUGUCCAGAUCAGUUUAUGCAAAUGGAAACAAGCGAACCAUGCCCGAGUCUCUCUGACUUAUGCCUUGUUUCUUUGUUUUACUCUUUACUUUCCUUUCCCUUCUACUGCAGUUCCCUUUGAACAUUUAAUCAAUUAUUUUUGCAUGAUUGGUCCUUUUUCUCUACAGCAUCAAAAUAACCUGUUUUUGUCUGACGAAUUCUCUGAAUAAAUCUGGCAAAGACA